GGUGUUUCUUUGAACACCACUGAAACACGGGGCUUUCCCACGCCAGAAAGUGUGGCUUUUAAAACAUUCAAACUGUUUUGUUACUCGCUGGUUUUCCUCUUGGGCGUCAUUGGUAACAUACUGGUGUUUCGCAUGGUCGUAAAGAGAAGAAAACUUCGAACUGUUGGUAAUGUCUUCAUUUGCAAUCUCGCUGCCGCCGAUAUCGCCGUCUUAACCGUAAAUCUUCCAAUUCGCUUGGCAUACCAAGAAAACUCGUAUAUAUGGCCGUUUGGUGCAUUUUUAUGCAAAAUAAUACCAAUGUUAACGUACCUUUUUAUAACCGCUUCGUCUGCAACUCUAGUACUUAUGACAAUUGACCAAUACCGAGCUAUAACAGUUCCCCUGGGGCGUCGAUUUACUGUCAAAAUUACAAAAAUGGUGAUUUGUUCCAUUUGGGUGUUUUCUGCCCUUAUAACUCUGCCGUUUAACUUCGCCUUAAAGCUGGUUGAACAAGAAAGAGGCCUAGUAUGCACGGAUGUCUGGCCAAGUCUGGAUUUUGAACGUUUUUAUUUUCUCUGUCUAUUCCUGGUACAGUUCAUUAUUCCGAUGACUAUCAUAAGUUCUUGUUAUAUUCUUAUUUGUAACCACCUUCACUCGAGCUCAAGACUUGACCACCUUACUUCAACCAAGCAACGGAACAAAAAGGUAAGUAAAAACAAAAACAGUUAA